ACCCUUUAUAUUUUUCAAAGAAACAAAAAAUCACUCAAGCACAAAAAAAUAUCACAGGACUCAUAUGUAACCUUUUAUUUGGAAUAAGUGAGUCUGUAAAGCCAAAAUUACUUUGUCCCACCAGCUAAAAGCUCCCUAUAUAAUGGACAUAUAUAAUAUUUGUUGGGUGAAAUUUAUGAUCUCCAAAUUUUUCAUCAUCAUUUACCACAAAUUAAUGAUGAAAAUGCAUCCCAAAGUCCUGUCCAAAACACUAACAAAAACAACCACCACAAUCUUCUUCAUACUAAUUAUCUUUGUUGAUGUUAUUAGUUCAAUAUCUUUGUCUCAUUCCAAUACUCCUAAUCUUCCAGAAAACAAAGCUGCCUCAUCUUCAUCAUUUACACUUCCCUCUAAUUUCCUCUUUGGUACUGCUUCCUCUGCAUAUCAGUAUGAAGGUGCCGUGCCUACUUAGUUGAUGGCAAAGGACUCAACAAUUGGGAUACUUUUACACAUAAAUCAGGAAUGAUAGCAGACAAGAGCAAUGGAGACGUCGCCACUGAUCACUAUCACCGCUAUCUGGAAGAUGUUGAGCUGAUGGAAGAUCUCCAACUCAACAGCUACCGUUUCUCGAUUUCAUGGGCUCGAAUUUUACCAAAAGGAAGAUAUGGGAACAUCAAUUUAGCAGGCAUCAAAUUUUACAUCAAGCUCAUUGAUACUCUACUUGCUAAAGGGAUUCAACCUUUUGUGACACUAAGCCACUUCGACAUCCCUCAAGAACUCGAGGACAGAUAUGGUGGAUUGCUUAGCCAUGAAAUACAGGAGGAUUUUGCAUAUUAUGCAGAUGUGUGCUUCAAAUACUUGGGUGAUAGGGUGAAAUACUGGGCAACCUUCAAUGAGCCAAAUGUUAAUAUCCAUCAGGGGUACCGCACUGGCUUAUACCCACCCAACCGAUGCUCAGGAUUAUUCGGAAAAUGUUCGAAAGGAGAUUCCGAGAAAGAACCUUUCAUUGCAGCUCAUAAUGUUAUCCUAGCUCAUGCAACUGCUGUAAAUCUGUACAGAACCAAAUACCAGGAAAAACAAAGAGGUAGUAUUGGGAUUGUUCAGAAUGCCAUAUGGUUCGAACCGAUCAGCAAUUCACCAUUAGACAAGUUAGCUGCUGAAAGAGCUCAGUCUUUCUUCCUCAACUGGAUUUUGGAUCCAAUUAUGUUUGGAGAAUACCCAGAAGAAAUGCGAAAGAUUCUGGGUCCAAAUUUACCAAGAUUUUCAAAGAAAGAAAAGAAGAUACUAAAUAAUGCGCUCGAUUUCAUUGGCAUCAACCACUACUCAAGUUAUUAUGCCCAGGACUGUAUGUUCUCAAGAUGCAAAGCUGGACCUGGAGUUUCCUGGACAGAAGGUUUAUACCUGAGAACUCCUUCGAAAAAUGGCAUUUUGAUCGGUGAACCAACAGCAAUGGAUUGGCUGUACAUCAGCCCACAAGGGAUGGAGAAAAUGGUUACCUAUGUAAAGGAGAGAUACAAUAAUACACCCAUGUUCAUAACAGAAAACGGGUAUGCUCAAGAAAGCAAUCAGAACUGCGUUCUCAAUGAAUUACUUAGUGAUACUAAGAGAGUCGAAUACAUGGCCGGUUACCUAGAUUCACUCCUAAGGGCUAUCAAGCAAGGAGCGGAUGUUAGGGGGUAUUUUGCAUGGUCAUUGCUUGACAACUUUGAGUGGCUAUAUGGAUACACCAAAAGAUUUGGUUUAUACCACGUUGAUUAUCAUACAUUAAAGCGGAGUCCAAAACUAUCAGUUGCAUGGUACAGAAACUUCAUCGCCAACCAUAUAACACAGACAACACUCAAGCAGAGAGGAAAUGGAAAUGUACUGCAAUCAUCUCAAGACUUCUAAGUUCUAACACACGGAAAGCAGAAGAAAAACAUCAAGGAUAAACUUGGUACUCCAAGUCCUCGACUGGCCAAUUUACCUUAUUGCACUUGUGUAGGACAACAUAUUUGUAUUAUUGUAAAAUACUUUUGAUGUAAAUAAGUAUGAAGAAAAUAAGGAUGUCGAAGGCUAGUAGCACUUCCAUCUUCGACCCACAAAGUCGUGGAUUCAGUUCUCAUCUGAAGGUAGUGCAAUCCGGAGUAGGAUGUAAGUAGAAUCUAACAAAUGUAGUAUACAUUUCUAAGAGGCUCUACAUAUAUACAAGUGUUAUAUGAGACUUAAAAA